AUGCAUUCAAUAACCAUCACCUCAGGGCAGUCAAAAAAGCAGUACCACGUGUAUUACGACAGGCUCGUGAAUUUCUACGGCGCGGUAAGUGCCUGUCACAGCUAUGGUCAGCGGUUGGCCACCGUAACCUCGGCGGAGGACACCAGCCGUCUGCAGCAGGCCAUCGCCAAAACGAGCCGUUCCGGGCUCUUUUUCACCGCUGGCUACGAUUCUGGGCACAACGGAGAGUGGGUUUGGUUCCCGAAUGCAACGAAAAUUUCCACCACCGGGUACAGCAAUUGGCACUCGAGCCAACCGGAUAACCACGAGGAGCGCUGUCUGGAGGUGGGCCGCUUCCCCGGGACCAUGUGGAACGACAUCUCUUGCUCGGCGGCGCUGUUUUAUAUUUGCGAGGAGCAAGAUUGA